GGUGGGUCGAGAGAAGGGUUUGUUUGUUUUUUUUUUCUGUUUGUUGUGUGACUCACUCGGCAGUUGUUAAGGACGGAGUGGCUUCCUGUUGUUCCACUGAGAUUUGCAGAUGGGAUUAGAGUUAAGGUUAUAACCCACAGACUGGACUGGUUUACGAUGUACGACAGGUGGUGUUGUGGACACGAACAUCAUGACUUCACGGCCCGUCCCUCAACCCCACUGUAACCACAGACCCUGGCUGCAUUCGAGCGGCCAUCGAACAGGUGACAGGCGCCACUGCGCGUCAUGCUGAGAAAGAAAAACGCACUAUGAACCGAUACUCUGCCCUCCGGCAGCUUGGCGACGGCACCUAUGGCUCAGUCACACUCAGCCGCUGCCUGGAGUCUGGUGAACUUGUUGCUAUUAAGAAAAUGAAAAGGAAAUUCUAUUCGUGGGAGGAGUGCAUGAAUCUCCGAGAGGUCAAGUCCCUGAAGAAACUCAACCAUGCCAACGUGAUCAAACUGAAGGAGGUGAUCCGGGAAAAUGAUGAACUCUACUUCGUGUUCGAGUAUAUGAAGGAGAACCUCUACCAGCUAAUGAAAGAAAGAGCACGCAUGUUUCCAGAGUCUGCAGUGAGGAAUAUCAUGUUUCAGAUUCUACAGGGACUUGCUUUCAUUCACAAACAUGGCUUUUUUCAUAGGGACAUGAAGCCAGAGAAUCUUUUGUGCAUGGGUCCCGAGCUCGUGAAAAUCGCCGACUUCGGUCUGGCACGAGAGAUCCGAUCUCGUCCCCCUUACACCGACUACGUGUCAACAAGAUGGUACCGAGCUCCAGAAGUGCUUCUCAAGUCCACAAACUAUAGCUCUCCUAUAGACCAGUGGGCUGUAGGUUGUAUCAUGGCUGAACUCUACACGCUCAGACCUCUGUUUCCUGGCUCCAGUGAGGUGGACACUAUUUUCAAGAUCUGCCAGGUUUUGGGAACUCCAAAGAAGAAUGACUGGCCUGAAGGAUGCCAUCUAGCUGCCUCCAUGAGUUUCCGCUGGCCACAGUGCGUGCCCACCAACCUAGCCACCCUGAUCCCCAACGCCAGCUCCGAAGCCAUUCAGCUGAUGAGAGACCUGCUGCAGUGGGACCCCAAAAAACGCCCAGCACCCAGCCAGGCCUUGCGCUAUCCCUACUUUCAAGUGGGUCAGGUCCUUGGAGCACCACAGCAGAUUCAGGACCAAGGACCAACGCAGCCUCCGCAACACAGGCCUGAUCCUCCUCCUCAGAUCCCAACCUUCCCCUUACCUGAUAAAACCCAUCAACCUCCGCACCAUCCAGAGCCACCGAAAAGGCAGGGAAGGCCAGAGGUCAAGACGGACAGAGCGGCGCAGAGCCGCUUCCCUCAAAUACAUGACAAAGGCUUGCAGAGCAAGCUAACUGCAGAACCCGAGAAUGCAAAUUUAUCUAGCAGUCUAUCCAAGCCCAAAGUAGGCCGGAGGAGGUGGGGUUAUGUCACAGGGGUCUUGAAAGGAGAAGACUGGGAUGAUUAUGAGGACACUGACACUACAAGCACCACUCUGAACAAACCCAUUUUCACCAGCAAUGAAAAACGGCUACAGGGUGACAGCAGCGUGAACAGGCUGGGAAAUGUUUUAGAUUUCAGUCUAUCUAACGUCAGGAGCGAUGGAGUCACAAAUAUAAACAACGCACUGCCCUUCCAGGAGCCAUCCAGGACAGCGUCAGCCAAACAGCAUUACUUGAAGCAAUCAAGAUAUUUACCAGGGUUAAGCACAAAGAAGAAUGUAGCAGUAAAUGCAGCAAAGGACUACAGUGGAAACAUGUGGGAGGGCAGCAGUGUUCCUGUCGGAGGGACGCUUCCUACCAGGGGAAGCCAUGGAACGCAUGCAGGUGGAUAUGUGCCCUCAGUUUAUAAGAAGGAGAUUGGUUCAGCUGCCCAAAGAGUUCAUCUCACACCAGUUGAUUCAACUCUGUCAAAUUAUGCAACGUGGAAAUCUAGCAGGUCAAAUAGUCACGUGGGCACGUCGUCUUACGUGCCGUCUCCCACCAAGAGCACUCCCGGCAUGCGAUCUCGGCCUCAGCCCGUUCACGGCCGCACAGACUGGUCUGCCAAAUACGGCCAUCGCUAGGCCAACCCUAACACGAGCGCUGCUUUCUCUACCCUGUGAUUUUUAAACCUGUACUUUCUUAUACAGCAAUAAUCUUUUACAUUCCUCUGUGUAAAUGGUUUGUGUAAAGUUUUGAUAUUGAUUUUGCAAAAUAUGCACAAGAAUCUCAGUGGUGGUGUCAAUGUAUCUGUUGCAAAUUUCUCUUCUCCUGCAUAAUCUCUGCAAAAGUGUAUGCAUUAAUAUAUGCUCAAUGCAUUUGGUGACAUUAAAGGUCUCUACAUUUUUU